UCUUCGAAGUUCCUGAGGUAAUAUUAGCUAGAGGUAAAGAAGCUCAGAGGGUUUAUAAGGAGGAGUUAAAAAAUGGAAAAAUCACAGUAAACCAUGCACGAUUAAUGGUGGCUGGAAAGCAGGGCGUUGGAAAAACCAGUUUGGUAAACACUCUGCUUGGAAAACCAUUUAAUGACGAAGAACCAUCAACCGAUGGGAUAGUAUUGAGAACAGCAUUUCAAGCUACUAACGUUGAUUGCAGUGAGUGGAAAGAGGAAGAGGAUAUUGAUGAUUGUGAUUGGAUCAAAAAGUUACAUGAUAAUGCAAUAGAAGGUAAAGUUGCAGGGAUUUUGAAAUUUAUAGGAAAACAAACAGAGGGACACCAGCCAGCAGUUGAACCUGUAACUGAACCAGCAGCUGAACUGAUACCUGAACCAGAAGCUGAACCGAUACCUGAACCAGCAGCUGAACCGAUACCUGAACCAGCAGCUGAACCGAUACCUGAACCAGCAGCUGAACCGAUACCUGAACCAGCAGCUGAACAGAUACCUGAACCAGCAGUUGAACCAGUACGUUCUGAACUGUUACUGAAAUUUUAUUAAAAAAUAUAUCCUUCUUAAACUAUAUCUAUUCUUUACUUGGCGCCUUAUAAGGUGGAUAUAAUUUUU